UUUCCGAGCAGUUGAAUGCGCAUUGUAAACUCUCUGUCAGUCCCGCGACGCGGCGUUGCCAGUUCUACUCGAGGUCCAGCGAAAUCUUGCAAGAACAAAAAAUAUAAACGAUGGCAGCGAACGGUAUCGAACCAACGAAGCAAGGGGAAAUGAACCUUGUUAUUUGAGAUAAAAAGACCAUUCCCAACGGCACGGCGGAGCAGGAAGCCAUGCUGAAGGAGCGCGACAGUUCGGAGGACUCCCCCGCGGCACCCGACGAGUGCGCGGGCUGCGGAGGGAGGAUACAGGACAGGUACUAUCUCCUGGCCGUGGACCGACAGUGGCACGGCUCUUGUCUCCGUUGUUGCGAGUGCCGGCUCACCUUGGACACUGAGCUCACCUGCUUCUCACGCGACGGCAACAUCUACUGCAAAGAUGACUAUUACAGGCUCUUCUGCGUGAAACGCUGCGCGAGAUGUGGUAACGGCAUCACCGCCAACGAGCUGGUGAUGAGGGCCCGGGACCUGGUCUACCACCUCACCUGCUUCACCUGCGUUGCCUGUGGGACUCAGCUCUCGAAGGGAGACGUGUUCGGAAUGAGGGACAGCCUGGUGUACUGCCGUCCGCAUUAUGACAGCGUCUGCCUUGAUGACUACUGCGAAGAUGAUAUGACCAAUGUUUAUAGGUGCCAAGACAUCCAAAGUGAGGGAGACUCUCCUUCGCAAUUCUACGCGAGUAGUUCCAGCCAGAAAGGCCGACCGAGAAAGAGGAAACUGGCUCAGGGGUCACCUGAGGACAUUCAAGCCCAAACCAUGAGGAUGGCCAGCACUGCUUUAGAAAUCAUACAUCGUGGCGACCUAUCCUCUUCCAUGGAGUCCUUGGCAUACGACUCCUCCGUGGCGUCCCCUGGUAGUGUCACCGGUCAUACACAACGUACGAAGCGCAUGCGCACCAGCUUCAAGCAUCAUCAGCUGAGGACCAUGAAGUCUUACUUCGCCAUCAACCAGAACCCGGAUGCUAAAGACUUGAAACAGCUGGCACAGAAGACUGGACUUUCUAAGAGAGUGCUGCAGGUAUGGUUCCAAAACGCGCGCGCAAAAUGGCGCAGGAAUAUAAUGAGGCAAGAAACCAACGGAACUCCAGGCCACUCCGCGUCCCUAGUAGCUGGGGGGAUCCCGCCCCCGUCAGUGGGCCCCAGCAUGCUCAUGUCCGACUCGCUACAGCCGAUUGACGAUCUUCGUGUCCACACUCCGCAUCACCCCAUGGCGUUUAAUGAGCUCUACUGAUGGACUCACGGUCUUUAUGAUGGUUUAAAUAAGAAUGUAAUAGGGACGAAUUUAGUAUUUUAAAUGGGUGACAUAUCCCUGCAGUCUUUAUUAUAGGUUGAGACCACAAAAGAUACAUUAUAUUAAUAGGCUUGUGGAAAAAGUUUUGUUAAUAUAUUUUGUUUUUAAAGGCAAUAGGGAAAUGUAUGUAAAAUGUCUUGAUCUAUUUUAUUAACAGGUUUAAAACUUUCACAUUAAAUACAAUUGUUCUAAUACAAUUACUAGAAAAUAUGUCGUUCACGAAUGACAUUUAUAUUAUUAUGUGAAGUAUUUAUUUUAACCCCAUAUCGCCUACGUCAUGAAAAACAAAUACUUCUCUGGCACCUGAAGUAUUUAAUCGAUAAAUCUUGAACAUACGUAUGUAAUGCAUUCUAAGAAUUAUUCAAAGUAACUCGAUUAGUUCUUAAACGUAUAUUAUACUGAUUGUAAGCAUUAGCAGUGUUAGACACUAUUUACGAUUUAUUUUGCAUCGUUCCUAUUAUUUAAUUUCUUUGUAAAAAGAAUAUUUAGUGGUGCCCGUCUUGCACUGAUUUAUUAUUGCAUAAUCAACACAGUGCGAUCCUAUUUGGAAGUAUGGAAAAAAAAAUUAACCAAGUGCUAACUAAAUCUAUUUUUAC